UUGUAUGCCAACAUGGCAGCCCCCUUGAAGCACGCGCUUCAGUUUGAAAUCGUCGCAGAGUGUAGCGUUUCUAAAGCGAGGACAGCGAUUCUGACCCUCCCUCAUGCCGUUGUCGAAACACCAGUCUUUAUGCCUGUUGGCACACAAGGAACCCUCAAGGGCUUGACUCCCGAGCAGAUCGAGAACCAGAAAUGCAACUUGAUCCUCGCGAACACUUAUCACCUCGGGAUGCGACCGGGGAUCGAGACUCUCAAGAAAGCCGGAGGUCUCCACAAGUUCAUGUCAUGGAAAAAUGCUCUGUUGACCGACAGCGGAGGAUUUCAAAUGGUGUCCCUGGUGAAGCUGAGCGAGGUGACGGAGGAAGGUGUUCGAUUUGUGUCCCCGUACGACGAGCGGGAAAUCAUGCUGAGCCCCGAAAAGUCCACAGAGAUCCAGAACACCAUCCAUGCCGACAUCAUGAUGCAGCUGGAUGACGUCGUCAGCAGCACAAUCUCUGGACCCAGGGUGGAGGAAGCCAUGCACAGGACAAUCCGGUGGUUGGACCGCUGCAGAUCAGCUCACAAGAAUGCUGCAACACAGAACAUCUUCCCCAUUGUGCAGGGAGGUCUGGACGCCAAACUGCGGACACAGUGCGCUUUGGAGCUCUUGAAACGAGACGUUGCUGGAUACGCCAUUGGAGGGCUCAGUGGCGGGGAGAGCAAGGAGGAGUUCUGGCCCAUGGUGGACAUCAGCACCAAUCUGCUGCCCAAGGGCAAGCCCCGUUAUCUCAUGGGAGUGGGCUUUGCAGUUGACUUGGUUGUAUGCAGUGCACUGGGCUGUGACAUGUUUGACUGUGUCUUCCCCACAAGGACUGCCAGGUUUGGCAGUGCUCUGGUCUUGGGAGGACAGCUGCAUCUCAAGGGCACUGAGUUCCGCAACGACUUCCGCCCGAUCGAGGAGGACUGCCCGUGCUCCACCUGCCGACACUACACCCGAGCCUACCUGCACCGCAUCGUCAAGCAGGAGACUGUGGCUUGCCAUCUGGUGUCGGUUCACAAUGUCAACUUCCAGAUGAGGCUGAUGAAGAGUAUCCGGGACAACAUCAAGGCCGGCACUUUCGUGGACUUCGUAAAAGGCUUCAUGAGCAUCUAUUUCCCGGGGGGCGACUAUCCAGCCUGGGCGGUCCAAGCUCUCUCUUCUGUUGGCAUCACCCUGGACUGAAAAGUAUGAAAGGACCCCAUACUUGGAAUCAACUGUUUUGUGAAACACUGCCGAGGAUAGCGUAGCUUCCACAGUGCCGUAGCUCCACACUGCUGCGAGAGCAUGUGACUUCGUCUUGUGCUAGCCUUGACGGCUUAGCACAAAGUGGUUGAUGCCGAGCAUAUUAACUUUGGCAGCAGGAUCGCCAUUGGGCGGAAUCGCCCACUGAGAAUAUGGCCUCUUGGAAAUGCAUUUGGGGGAUUUUAGUGCAUGGCACACAUCUUUUUUGGCUUAUAGCUAGGGUUCUUAGUUUUUAAAGAAAAAACCAAAAUAAGGUCCUGCUUCUCAAUUGCGUCUUUAUUUGUGUAUUUUUUGUUUGCAAUUUUAGCAGAUUUUGGGGUGCUUUUUUUGUAUUGUUCAAAGUGAUGCGAGGGUGUUCUAUUUAUUCUCUUAGGAAAUAAAAAAAAUGGGAAGUUCGAGGCA